AUGGAUGCUGUGUACAGCAAUGCAAAAGCUUUCCUCUCGCUCACCUUCUUCCAAAGCUGGAAUCCAACAGCUGGCCUAGAUGUGACUUUGAAGGUGCUCCAGGGAAGACAGGAAAGGGAAGAGGGCUGGCUUUUGGGGAGCUGCCCUUUGCACCCCUUCUCUCCUCCCCCCCUCUUUGCAAGAGGCCCUGUGGGGGGGUUGCAAAAGGGGGGUGCCUGCCCCCCAAGAGACCCCCCCGCAGCCCUUUCCAGCCGCAGAGAUGGCAGGAGGAGGAGGAGGAGGAGGAGGAGAGGAGCACACCUGGAUCAGGUUCCCGUGGCCUUUGCAGACGUGGCAGUCUACUUCUCGGCCGAGGAGUGGGCAGAGCUGGCGGAGUGGCAGAAGGAGCUCUACCAAGACGUAAUGGCGGAGAAUUUUGAGCUGGUCUCCUCUCUGGAGUGUCUGCUCUCCAUCCCUGAGCUGCUCUCUCGGCUGCUGCGAGGGGAAGCGCCGUGUGCUGCAGAGACCCACAAUCCUGGAGGGACAAGCGAACUCUUAAAGAAGGGUGACUCCCCAGCUGCAGAUGAAUCUGUGAGCGAGAAGAAGAACGAAAGUGGGGAGCCCAACACUCCAAAGUCUCCCGAAUCCGAAUCCAAGGUCUUAAAAAGGGCGCGCCCUCGCCGAUCCAGGCCUGCAGGGAAGGCACCUGAGAAGAGCCUGACUUCAAGGGGGCCGCCUGGCACUGGCGAAGGAUCCCUUGACAGCACUCAAAGGCCGCAACCCCAGAAGAGGGAGAAGCCUUACAAGUGCCCCAAGUGCCAACGGAGGUUCUUGGGACGGGUGGCCCUGACUGCCCACCGGCGCCUCCACGUGCGGAAGUGGCCCCGGCUGAGCCCCCAGAGCCCAGGGCGGUCCUCCUCCCACCCGCCACCUGACCUGGCAGUGCCUCAGGAGGGCCACCCGGGCACCGGCGCCAGCAGCCCCUUCCCUUGCGCUCCGGGCGAGGGGCCAAUCCCUUUCUGGUCCGAGAUGGCUUUGCACCAGCAGGGUCCAGCCGCUGCCACACAUGGCUUCAACCCUUGGGCCCUUGGUUACGGGCCGCAGCCCCUACCCGGCCACCAGGCCCCAGGGCUCCACAGCAACGGUGAGUUCAUCUGUGACCAAUGUGGCUGGAGCUUCCACGGCUGGGAGGAACUGGUCACCCACCAGAUGGCCCACAUGGCGGCUGAAGGCAUUGCCGGCUCUGUGCCCAAGGCUGGAGCCCUGGCUCAGCUAGCUGCUGACCGCCCAUAUUCCUGCAACCAAUGUGGGAAGAGCUUCCGGCACAAACCCAACUUGCUUGCCCACCGGCAAGUACACACGGGCGAGCGGCGUUACCAGUGCCAGGAGUGCGGCAAGUCCUUUGGCAGCAAGGCCUACCUGGCCUCCCACCAGCACAUCCACACCGGAGAGAAGCCGUACGUCUGCGGUCAGUGCGGGAAGAGCUUCCGCCACAAGCCCAACCUCAUCUCCCACCAGAAGAUCCAUGCCAGAGAGCCCCUGCCGGCCCCCCACCACCCGCUGGACGCCUUCAAUGGGGAAGCCUUCCCCAGACCCCGGCCCACUGCGGACCACCUUGGGGCAGAGGCCUUCCAGACCCCACCGCGCCCCCCUGUGCCUGCCGUCCACCUGCCUUGCGCACAAGGGGACUCCCCACUCCCCUCGCAGCUGCCCGGCCUCCUGCACCCUCCGCCGCCACCACAGCCCAUGCUGGCUGUUGACCGUCCCUUUGUAUGCCCAGUCUGUGCCAAGCAAUUCCGCUGCAAGCCAUACCUGGUGGCGCACAUCCGCAUCCAUACGGGGGAGAAACCCUAUGCCUGCAGCCGUUGCCCAAAGCGCUUCUCCCAGAAGUCCAACCUGGUCUCCCACGAGCGCCUCCACACGGGCGAGAAGCCCUACGCCUGCCCGCUCUGCCCCCGCGUCUUCAGCCAAGGCUCCAACAUGCGCGCCCACCAGCGCAGCCACCGGAAUGUCACCCCAGCCGAGGCAGAGGGCGCCCUCCGACAGGGGUACGCUGCCCCUGCUCGACAGACUCAGCCGCAGCCCAACUAGUGUCCAGCGGGCCCUUCCUGAAAUGGCAGCCUGUCCGUCUGUCCACUGGCCUUCCCUUCCACACCACUUGCCUCUUUCCACCCUUUGCAACGGCCAGCGCUCCUCCUGGCUGCUUCCUUCAGCUUUGGACAGUGCAUACUUGGCAUAGCAUCUUGGUCCCUGCAAGUGGCCUUUGUCUCCCUGCUCCACAUGACCUUCCCCAAAUCAUCUCAAAAUGGUCUACGAUGCUCCUUGACAUUUCUGCUGCAAAUCUUCCAACAGAACAAGGGACACAAACACAUUGCGAUUCCACAUCUUUGGACUUUUGCUUUGAUAAAUUCAAUGCUCUUGUAAAGAAAACAAAGGCAGUGGCUUGGAAGGACCCAGGAGGGAGACCCCUCCCCAGCAGGCCAAGCUCAAAACAACGUUUGGUUUGGUAAAGAAGCAUGACCAGAACUCGGGUCUUCUAGCCCCUAUGCUCUGCAAUGGUAUGGGGAAGAGCUGUGGGCACACAACAAGUGAAGGAAACACGUAGGACACAUAUUUGGAAGGAUUUUCCUUUGUGAUGUUGCGCAUUUUAACUGUGGCAUGAUGACAGGUUCUGGGGCUUAGCCUGAUCCUCAGGGCAAGUAGGAGCGCAUCACUAAAAGAGGGUGAGAGGCCAUAUCCCACCUGCUUUGCAUUGAAAUUGUCCCAGGUUCACACUAUGGCGCCUCUGAUUGGGCUGAGACAGAAUUGGGCUGGAUGGACCAAUGGUUACAUGAAGUGGAUUCCCGCAGUUUCCAGUCGACUGAAUGAACCAUGCUGAAAAUGGUUCUCUGCUCUCUGAUCCUUGCAGAGGGGCUGGGAGGAUUUGGGGCAACCAGUGCGAGAGGAGGACUCCACAGAUGACGAAGUGUGGUAGAUGCUUGCCACCAGAGAAGGUCACGGUUGACAUAGACUUUCAUCUACGGAUGAAUUCCACUUAGACGUUACUUUUAAAAUUGAUAGCUGCAGCUUUAAUUUAAGGAAAUGUGCAAGCGCACUGCUAGUCCUCAUUGCUGUGGAGACAGAUUUGUAGGGGUCUCUGCGCAAUGUCCAGAUGCAGGCGAGGAGCUUGUGGGUCUUGCAUGGCGACCCAUGCCGGCCGCUCUGGCCUCCCAGUCCGACUCUCCUACCUCUGCCUCCUCCUCCUCCUCCACUUUCCUACUAAUGCAGCACUACUGCAUGCAGACGGAGCAAACUGUUUGGCACGCUUGUUCGGUUUGGCAUUAUUUGUAUCUGAAGUAGAAAAAUGGAUCUGGGAUUGUUUUGGGGCGGAUGACGUGCAGAAAAGAGGUCAGAUCUCAGGCUCCCAAUUUGCUAAAGUUGAAGUUUAAUGGCAAGGAAAGCACACUCUCCUUCCUAGAUUCCCAGUUUUUGGACCCUAACAAGUUUCAGUUUUCACUUAGGUCAGUUUUUCCUAAUUGUACACUCUUUUAAACAAAUAAAGACGUAGAUGUUAAUUUUGAAAGAAA